AUGGAGCAAUUACAUGGUGGGUUUGCUGAGUUCUAUCCAGCUCUUCCAAAAUAUGUUGAAAUGAUAAAGUCCACAAAUCCUGUGUCUUAUGCUCUGGUUAUAUGGACUGACAGUUUGAAAUUCAAGGCCUGUUUCAUAUCUUUUGCAGCUCAAGUAAGAGGAUUCUUAGGUGGUUGUAGACCUAUCAUAGGAAUAGAUGGUGCACAUUUAAGUGGGUAUUACAAAGGGAUUAUGCUCACUGCAGUUGCAAUAGAUGGGAAUAAUGAGAUCUUUGUGUUAGCCUAUGGGAUUGUUGACACAGAGAGCAUAGAUUCCCGGACUUAUUUCUUCAGAAACUUGAGGUGCCUGUUUGCUCAGUAUGGAUCUCAGAAGGAUGACUGGACUUUUAUCAGUGACAAGAUGAGGGGGGUUGAAUCAGCAUUGUCUGAGGUGUUCCCAAGAGCUACCAGGAGAAUAUGCUGCCAGCAUUUGUACUCAAAUUCCAAGGCUGCAGGAUGGAGUGGGACAAUAUUUCAUAAGUUGUUUUGGAUUGCUGCAAAUGCCUACAAUGAGUAUGUUUUUGGAAAAGCUAUGUUGAAGAUAAAAGAGUUUGAUGCAGCAUCAUAUGACUAUCUCACAAAUGUAGAAGAGCAGUGGAGUGUGCACAUGUUUGACAGGACAGUUUGUUGUGAUCAUAACACAACAAACUUUGUAGAGUCAUUCAAUGCAAUAACAAAGGCCAACAGGGACAUGCCUAUGUUGAUAUUGCUGGAAGCUGUUAGGAAUUGGUGCAUGAAAAGAAUGGGUUUCAGGUUCGAUAAAGCAGUGGGCAUGGAACCUAAUGAUCUGACAGAGCAUGCAAAGGGGGUGUUGGCGACUAGGACUGAUGAGUCUAGGUUCUGCCAUGUCACUGCAGCUGGUGGUGGAGAGUUUAAGGUGAGGGAUGGCCAUGUCAAGUUCCCUGUCACCCUUGAAAAUAUGACUUAUGGGUGUGAGAAGUGGCAAGGAUCAGGGAUCCCUUGCAAGCAUGGUCUCAAGGUCAUUUACAACCAGAGACUUGAUCCUAAGGACUUUGUCUCACCUUUCUACAAGGGGCCUGCAUACGAACUCAUUUAUGGAGACCACAUCCACCCCAUGACUGAUCCAACUCACUGGCCUUCACUUGAUGUGCCAGAAAUUGCACCACCCUAA